GCGGCCGCGAGCGCACAGCAUACAGCACACCGCAGUCCGCAGCGGCGGAGCGAACAGCAAAGCCCGCCCCGCCCGCACGCACCUCGAGUCGCGAGAGACUUCCCCUUCCUCGUCCUCCUCCAGCUUGCUUGCUUGAUUGCUCGCUCGCUCCAAGCAGCUAGAUCCCCGGGCAGCCGAUCGAGGAGAAGCUUCUGGAAGAGCGGGGCGGUGGUUGUGGCGGCGGCGGAGAGGGAAGUGGGGGGACCGGGAGGGCGGCGGGGAUGCCACUGCUGCGCCGGCGUCGGCGGGGCCGGUGAUGCCCGUCGUGGCGGUCGCCUGAGGCCACCGUGCGUGGGGGUGGACGGGGGAGCUAGGCGGCGGAGACCUAGAUUGGGGCAUUGGGCUGGGUUGGAUUGGACUUGGUUGCGUUUGUCGAGAAGUUGAGACUUUUGAGGGUGUUGAACCGUGCUGCUUCUCGCCGUGUCCUUUUCUGCAGUGAAACGGUGGUUGGGAUUGCUUCGUGACGGUGUGUGCUUGGUUACUUCACGGAGGAAUUGUUCAGGGCAGUAUUUAGUUAUUUUGGAGCUGUGAGAUACUACAUUAGUGCCUGCCUGUUGUGCUUAACAGUCCACUCUUUGACCUGAAUGCAUCCAAGCAAAGUGUCAGAUCUUCUAAAAGCCCACUUAAAUUCAGGUUAGAGUAAGUGUUUGGCCUUAGCAGAGUUGAAGAUAAGGAUGGGAGCAAGCUGUAAACUCUGCUAACUCGGUUUUUGCAUGCAACGGACUAACUUCAAUUGAGCUUUUCUGUAGAUUAACAGCAAUUGGCUCAAUUCAAGUAGGUGAGUGGAGUUGAUCCCUUCGAAGAUUCCGAUCCAAGUUCAACUCACGAGUAGAGUCGUGAAUAUAGAGGUUUUCUCUUGGAUAUUUAAUACUAAUUUGGCUUCUCUUUUGGGGCUGGGCGCACAAAUUUGAAAUAUUGGGAGUGCUGGUGUGAUAUGGAGGUCUAGGAGGAGGUUUGAGGUACUUCUUGCGUCAGGUCCAGCGUUUGGUUGAUGAUAUGGAAGGUGGAGCUCUCUUGUUUGUAGAGGACCUCAACUCCAAGUGACAAAGCGACCAGCUGUUGGCACUUCUGUUCUAUUUCUUUUUCCUGGGUUAGGAGAUGGAGGUUAAUUCUUCUGGUAAGAAAGCCAUACACAAUAACAAAGCAGCGGGAGCGGUGGACUGAGGUGGAGCACAAACGGUUCCUUGAAGCCUUAAAACUUUAUGGCAGAGCAUGGCAGCGCAUAGAAGAGCAUGUUGGGACAAAGACGGCUGUGCAGAUCAGAAGUCAUGCUCAAAAGUUCUUCACCAAGAGCAACCAACCCGAAGCAGCUAACCCGGCCCACAAGGUCCUAGGCUCCUUUACCCCAGCCAAGCACCCAAGAUGUGCCUCAUCCAAGAUGCCAUGCAGGACGUCGUGGAUGCUCGGUGAGGCACCAUUGAAGACGCAUGCAUUACGAUGCUUCCAAAGCCCCCAAGACCCUAUGAUGACGAGUGAGUUGAAUCCUUUUCUAAGUAGCUUGUCGACCCACCGAUGUGCACAACACCACCAAUCUGCGAACACCGUGUCCUGGGGACCCAACGCGACCAUCUGGAGGCUGACUCGCCUGAGCAGCUGAAACCAGACCUCAUGAGCGAAGGCGCAAUUGGUGAAUUUCCAGAUCUAUGGAAGGGAAAGGAUGGCAAGUUGGAAAAGGAAGCUAUCAACAAUGGUACUUCUCUGGUGCAAGCUCAUGACAUUGACAUACCUCCACCAAGGCCUAAAAAAAAGCCUAACAGUCCAUAUCCUCGAAAAAGUGGUCUCGGCUCUGAGACACCGUCCAAGGAAGUUCCAAAUGAUAAGUCAACAAAAUCAAAUAUGAAAUUGAGCAAUGGCAAUGUACAAAUGGCAGGCGAUGCAUCUCCGCAGAAUCUUCAAAGAAAGGAGGUGUCUGAAAAUGGAAGUUGCUCAGAAGUUCUUAAUCUCUUUCGAGAUGCCCCAUCUGCAUCAUUUUCUUCAGUUAACAAAAGCUCUUCGAAUCAUGGUGCACCCAGGGUGAUUGAACAAACUAAAACAGAAAUCAAAGAUAUGACCACCACGGAAAAAAAUUCUCUUUCCGUUGAUGUGCAAGAGGUUGUAAAAGAUAUCAAUGAUCCGGAAAUGGAAAGGCUUAAUGGAAUCCACAUCAGCUCCAAAUCUGAUCAUGCUCAUGAAGAAUAUUUGGAUACCUCAAGGCAACAAAUGAGGCUAAAGCCAAUGUCUGUGGAGACAACAUAUGUGGACAGACAAACCGCAAGAGCUUCACAUCCCUUAAUGGAGAGAAAUGGGGCAACUAGCAUUCUGGUCACUAGAACUGAAGGAACUCAUUCUAACCAAACAAAUGAUCAAGAGGGAGCCAACGGAAGCAUGAACCCAUGCAUCCAUCCAACACUUUCUGUGGAUCAAAAAUUUGAUAGCAGUGCCACACCACAGCCCUUUCCUCACCAUUAUACUGCCUUUGCACCGAUGAUGCAAUGCAAUUGCAACCAAGAUGCCUACAGGUCUUCCGUCAACAUGUCAUCCACCUUCUCCAGCAUGCUUGUUUCCACAUUAUUGUCAAGCCCUGCCAUCUAUGCAGCCGCUAGGCUUGCAGCGACGUACUGGCCAGCAGCAGAAAGUAACACUUCUGUUGAUCAAAAUCAAGAAAAUCCUGCAGAGGGUACUCAAGGAAGGAACAUAGACACCUCUCCAAGAAUGGCUUCUAUUGUAGCAGCUACAGUGGCUGCAGCAUCUGCAUGGUGGACAACACAAGGUCUUCUUCCUUUUUUUCCUCCACCCAUGGCUUUUCCAUUUGUCCUGGCUCCUAGUGCUGCCUUUCCCACAGCAGAUGUUCAACGAGCUUCAGAGAAAGACAGAAAUUGCCAGGUUGAAAAUGCACAGAAGGAAUGCCAAGAAGCUCGAAUACAAGGCCGGACUGAAGGUUUAAGAGUUGCCACGUCUUCGGAGUCUGAUGGGAGCAAAAAAGGCGAGUUGUCUCUCCACACUGAAUUAAAGAUAUCUCCAGUCCAGAAUGCGGACACCACACCUGCGACAGGAACUGACACAAGUGAUGUGUUCAGAAACAAGAAAAAGCAGGAUCGCUCUUCAUGCGGUUCCAACACACCUUCAAGUAGUGAUUUAGAGGCAGAUAAUGUUCCUGAGAAGCAAGACAAGGCUAACGGCAAUGCACAGCAAGCCUCCUGCAGUAAUUCUUCAGCCGGUGACACUAACCACCGCAGAUUUAGGAGCAGUGGAAGCACAAGUGAUUCGUGGAAGGAAGUUUCUGAAGAGGGUCGUCUGGCUUUUGAUGCGUUGUUCAGUAGAGAAAAGCUUCCCCAGAGCUUUUCUCCUCCGCAAGCAGAAGAAUCAAAGGAGAUUACCAAGGAGGAGGAAGAUGAAGUGACCACGUUGACCGUUGACCUCAACAAGAACGCCACAGCUAUCGAUAAUGACCUCAAUACAAUGGAUGGGCCAAGAGCUUCCUUUCCCAAUGAACUGUCGCACCUGAAUCUGAAAUCCCGCCGAACAGGCUUCAAACCUUACAAGAGGUGCUCGGUGGAAGCAAAGGAGAAUAGGGUGCCGGCUAGUGAUGAGGUUGGUACCAAGAGGAUUCGUCUUGAGAGCGAAGCAUCUACCUGAAUUACUUUCUUCAUGGUUGCUGGCUUCUACAGGGAAGUUUAUGUCAAAAAUUAUAUUUACAUCUAAGCUACUAUAGGACAUAAGACCUUGCAAUGCCGUACUUCAUAAAACUCAAUUUAUUGUGUGUUGUAUUUCAA